GUAUGUGUGAGUCAUGGUGGAAAAUUCGAGGAUAGCGUACCGAUGCGCAAAGAAUAAAAAUAAGCGAAGAAGAUAGAUAUCGAUUAAAAUUUCUGCUACAAAAAUAAAAUAUAUGUAACGCAUAUUGUAAAUGUCCUAAGUUAAGUGAUAUAAAUCAAAUAUUUGUGUAAAGUUUAAUAUUUUAAUACGCGUCGGAGUACAACGAGUGGCUACGCACACAGAACGGAGUACUUGGCGAGCGAAAAUAACGGAAAAUCGAAAUAACGCUGCGCAAUAGACGGUGGUGUACAUAAGAGUUUUAACAAAAUCCGAAUCAGAAUCAGUUGAAAGUGUGAUUUUUUUGAGCCUUUGUCUGUAAGUGAAGAGAAAGCUUUAAGCGGAAUUACAUCUAUAUAUAAAUAAAAAUACGAAGCCAGCCCGUCGCCAUUUUGAAAGUGAUUUUACAAUACACACACACACAUAUAUAUAUACACAACUGCGAACACAUACACAUAGUAAACCCCAUCUAAAGUCCGAAAAAGCAAGAAAAAACGCAAACCAACCAAUUUCCGCAACAUUUUAAAGUGAAUCAACAAAAUCAAGGCAACUUUUAACCAAAACUCAACCCAUUUUGUAUAUAACGCUUGUCGAAAUAUCGGAAUCUGUAUAACGAAGUGGCUGAGAAAACUGCGACACACACACACGCACACUCGUUGGUGUGAGAAGGUCUACGGCAAAAAAGAUCAGCACAGCUUGGAAUGCAACAGCAGCAGUUGAAUCAGCGGAGAACCGAGAAGAGUUUGCGAAAUUAUAGCUAAGGAUAGCUUAACCAGAGUAAAAGAGAUAAAUCAACAGACUGAUAAACAAUACAUAAAGUUACAAGUUAAACUAAAUAAAGUAAAGGAAACAGCAGCUGUACAUAAGAGCGAGACCCUAGGAGUGGAAAAGCAGCUACGUGCUCAGCCGCCCGUCGCCCUUUUGCUCGCCGAUUUCAUUAUUGUUUUGGAGGAGGGCAUCUUCGGCGAUUUGAUUAUCAGCAACCAAAGAAAACAGAGCGGCCGCAGCUAGAACAACAUCUCAAUAGCAGCAGAAGGAGUAUGGUUUCGAUUUAUAAAGAAUUGAUUUAAGUGCGUGUGAUAUUUAACGUUAAGCAUUAAUUUAGCGAAAUAACCAAAAACAAAAAGGCAAAAAAGCAGAAAUUUUAAUAAGAGGAGGAGAGUGAUCGAGAAGAGAAGAGAGAUCCAGAGAUCGGAAAGCGACGAAAUUACUAUGACAUACUCGCACAAUAGCGUUAGGAACAACAUCAGAAUGACAACCGCAUCGGCCACCAAGUCCAUACGAUUAAAAAAGGGAGCAGCAUCAGCGACCUCCGCAUCCAACUCAUCCACCCCCUCGCCCACAUCCGCACCCGUGUCCCCCACAUCCGCAUCCGCACCAGCAACGCCCUUGGUAACUGCACAUUCCAACAGUAUUGCCAGCAGUACAAAUAAUGCCCAUUUCCUGAGCUUCUCGCCCACGAAUCAAGGCCUGGGUCUAUCCUCCCUGACCACGCCCCCUAACCAGAGGCAGAGGCAACUCCAGUCUCAGUCCCAGUCCACCGGAUCCAAGGGCAAGCAUCAACAGCAGCAGCAGCAGCGCCAGUCGCCGCAGCAGCAGGGAUCCUCUGGAGGCGGAGGCUUCUUCUUUGCCAACAACAACCGGCGGAACGGAGGAGGACGUUCGCCCCAGGGAGCGAUGCAAGUGCGGCAGUCACCGGCCACCAUUUUGGGUGGAGGCUUCUCGCCGGGAAUCGGAGGAGGAUCGGCUCGCAAGCAGAGAAAGAGCCCGCCGCUGGGUGGAAAGAUUUCGCCCCAGCAGAUGCAGAUGCAGCAGCAGCAGCACCCACUCAUACCCACCGCACUGACGCAUUUCGCGGGCAGCAAGUGCUUCGAUGCACCUGCUCCAACAGCGCUGCCCAAGCCGCCCCAGCACUGGACGCUUUCCAUGUCAGAGGGGAAGUAUCCCCUGGCAAUGUCGUCAAUGCCCAAGUUCCAGGUGCCCAUGCAGACGGGCCGCUCCAAGCGGAACCUCCUCGAUGACUUCGACACGCACAACCUGAAGCUGCUGCUCAAUGUGCAGUCGUAACACCCCUGGUGCUGGAGGAUCAGUGUCUGGUGCACAGAAGCAGGAACAGGAUCUGGAGCUGGAUCUGGAUCUAGAGCUGGAUCUGAAGAUGGAUCCGGAGGACCGACUUGAAUGGC